AUGCCAAAGAGCUAUGUUAAGCAUACAACUCAACAUAUAACGGCAAUUCGACUAUCAAACACUGGGCCGGAGGCAAAAAUAUGGCAAAAAUAUGACAAAAACUGCGAAGUUACAAAAGUUGCAUGUCAAAAGAAUUUUCAAAUUACCGAAGACCGCUUGUGA